ACCGCCAAAAAACCGAAGAAGAAGAAAGAGGGGAAGCCGAAACUGUGAUGCGUUUGUUUCCACCGAGUCAACUCUCUAAAGGAUUGUCUGACUACUGAACUUCUAAUUCAGCUGCUGAGCUGAAGAUAAUUACUUUGUGAUUUGGUCGCUGUUAAUUUGUUCUACCUUUCCGAGAGGUUUAGUUGUUGCGUCAGUCGGUUGGGUUGUUUUGACGGGAAUUCAGGAGGUUUUGCUGCUGUUUUAUCCGACCACCGUGUCCGCUGUGACUCCCUAACCAGACCUGAUCCGGCGGCGUCAUGAAGCUCUACAGCCUUAGCGUCCUCUACAAAGGAUCGACCAAAGCCAACCUGCUCAAAGCGGCCUAUGACCUGUCCUCCUUCAGCUUCUUUCAGCGCUCCAGUGUUCAGGAAUUCAUGACCUUCACCAGUGCCUUGAUUGUGGAGCGAACAUCUGUCGGAACCCGUGCCUCUGUCAAAGAACAAGAGUAUCUUUGCCAUGUGUAUGUGAGAAAUGACAACUUGAGUGCCGUGGUGAUCUCAGACACUGAAUACCCACAGAGGGUCUGCUUCACUCUUCUCGACAAGGUAUUAGAAGAGUUUUCCAGGCAAGUGGACAGUAUAGAUUGGCCGUCCGGUAACCCUGACACUGUAAGCUACAAAAGUCUGGACAUUCACCUUUCAAAAUACCAGAACCCCAGAGAAGCAGAUGCGAUGACCAAAGUACAGGCAGAGCUGGAUGAGACGAAGAUCAUUUUGCACAACACCAUGGAGAGUCUGUUGGAAAGAGGAGAGAAACUGGAUGAUCUGGUGGCAAAGUCUGAGGUCCUGGGAAACCAGUCUAAAGCCUUCUACAAGACUGCACGGAAACAGAACUCCUGCUGUGAGAUUAUGUGAUGCUGCUGCCUCGUCCUUGUGGAAACGUCUCUCCGGCUUUCUGCUUUUCCUACAACCCCCAUCAUGCACCAACGGCGAGCUCUCCACCAGGACGCUGUGUUAAUCCCAGAUGGGGAGCAGGAUAAAGGAGGGCCUGUUUUAAGUGGGACUUCUGUGUUAUGGGUGUGAAGGACUGACGGGGAUUAGUGGGAGGAAGUAACAGUUUUAAAUCAUGCUUAAAACCUUAUAAAACGUGAACAUCUGUGUGGUGUUUCUGGCCAACUGAGAAUAUUUUAGCGUGACGUCAAGUACUGCCGGUGUGUUGUUAGAACGUCUUCAAACCAUUUACUGUUAUUCAGGUUGGAUCCAAACUUGAUAUCUUGAUCUCUUAAACUUAUUGGCAGCGUAUUAACCACACAUGUGCUUUUACUUCAAGGCAACUGACAAAAUCUCAUAUAUUCAACAUGUCAAAACUGGUUUUCUUGUAGCUAGAACCAUAUAUAUCCAGCAGGGGCUCUCUUUAUGUACUAUAACAGCAGUUGGCCUCUUGAAGAUGUUAUAUCGCAACUUUUCAGACUUUUACGGGAAUUUUUAAACCUCUUUGCUUUGCUACAUUUUGCUGCUUAACUGCCUUUUUCUGUCUGAUUCUAAGUGAAGUCCUGAGCAUUCCUGCCUGGCUGAUUGUGUUGUGUUAUUACUCAAAGCUGAAGAAGGAUAGAUUUGUUGUCAAACAUACAAAAAUCCCUGAGCAUGUUCAUCAUUCUGAUAACAUGUCAUUUUGUUUUGGAUAACAGAUUUCUGCCUGCUCAGAAAAAGCUACACUCCAGGGCUCUUCUGUACCUCUGAAAACAUGGAUCAGUCACUGACAUCUUAUAUAGUAGCCCAUCCCACUGUCAUUUAGUCACUCCACUGCUCACUUUAAUUUACUACAAACAAAGUUUGCUUCAUAUUUAAAUCAAAUUGAGUAGAAAGAUAAUUUCUGAUGAGUCCAAAAUUAAGCUUUGCAUUUGGUUCUGUAUUUUAGAUGUUCUCUGAACUGUGUGUACAGUACAUUUGUGAUCUAACGUCUAGCUGCGGUCUGUGUUGAUUCUGAGUGCCUGUGUGAUUGUGCAUAUUGACAGGCACGUCUGUGCAGUCUGAUGUUGCUUUUUCCGCUUUUACAGUGUAAACUUUGAUGCACUAUGUGCGGACUGUUGCUGCGUGUCUCUUUUUAGUGUGGAGAGAAAAGCUGAAAAUGUUUCUCACAAAGAACACUUAAUUAAACUCUAACUUGAUGCUUUUUCUUUUCAUUGGCAUGAUGCCUGUCCAGUGUUUCUUGUGUUUCUCAGAUCUUUGAUUUAGUCUUUUGAAAACACUUUUCUGGUUUUAUACUGUAAAGCCCAGUUCAGUGGCUGCUGUGUUGAACAGUAUGGAGUAAAUUGUAUGCAUUAAACGUAUUGAUCCAAA